GUGACAUCCAGAUAAUGACUGCUUUGAAGAAGGUAAGAAGUUUUCCUUUGCUUCAAUCCUUUGGAAUCACAGAAGAGAUACAGAUAAAGGAGGAGGAAUGCAAUACUACAUUCACAUAAUCUGUUGAUGAAAUACUUUCCACUACAGCAGUUUUCAAGGCUUCUCUAUCCAACAUAUAGAAGUGGGAGUUUUUGCUGCUCAUUUAUCCCACCUGUCUUGGACUCCUCUCUCAGGACAGACUAAACCACUUUCUCAAAAGUGCCUAAAGACAGAUGAAUUCCAUCCUCUGGGUCAAGGAACAUGAAUUUGUGUUGUAAAGUGAUGUCCCUCAUCAGGCAUAAUAAAAAAACUGAAAAGGCAAGUCAGCCACAGGAUGCAAUCAGAGGAACAAAGGGACCUGAAUGCAAAAAGAGACAAGUAAUCUCAGAAUGAAUCAGGAAAUUUGGAGAGCGACCUCAACCGAAACGGCUCACCAGGGAAGCAAUGCGAAAUUACCUAAAGGAGCGAGGUGAUCAAACAGUGCUAAUACUCCAUGCGAAAGUUGCGCAGAAAUCAUAUGGAAAUGAAAAAAGGUUCUUUUGCCCUCCUCCAUGUGUGUACCUUAUGGGCAGUGGAUGGAAGAAAAAAAAAGAGCAAAUGGAACGGGAUGGUUGCACUGAGCAAGAGUCACAACCUUGCGCCUUCAUUGGAAUAGGAAACAGCGACCAAGAAAUGCAGCAGCUGAACUUGGAAGGAAAGAAUUAUUGCACUGCCAAAACAUUAUACAUAUCAGACUCAGACAAGAGAAAGCACUUCAUGUUAUCGGUUAAAAUGUUUUAUGGCAAUAGUGAUGACAUCGGUGUGUUCCUCAGUAAACGGAUCAAAGUAAUCUCCAAACCUUCUAAAAAGAAACAGUCGCUGAAAAAUGCAGACUUAUGUAUUGCAUCAGGGACAAAAGUGGCACUAUUUAAUAGACUUCGAUCCCAAACAGUUAGCACGAGAUAUUUGCACGUAGAAGGUGGUAAUUUCCAUGCCAGCUCACAACAGUGGGGAGCAUUUUACAUUCACCUCUUGGAUGAUGAUGAAUCGGAAGGAGAAGAAUUCACAGUGAGAGAUGGCUACAUUCAUUAUGGGCAGACUGUCAAACUUGUGUGCUCGGUUACUGGCAUGGCACUCCCAAGACUGAUAAUUCGAAAAGUAGAUAAACAAACAGCGUUAUUGGAUGCAGAUGAUCCAGUAUCGCAGCUCCAUAAAUGUGCAUUUUACCUUAAAGACACUGAGAGAAUGUAUUUGUGCCUUUCCCAGGAGAGAAUAAUCCAGUUUCAAGCCACUCCAUGCCCCAAAGAACCAAAUAAAGAAAUGAUUAAUGAUGGAGCUUCUUGGACAAUCAUUAGCACAGAUAAAGCAGAAUACACAUUUUAUGAGGGGAUGGGACCGGUCCAUGCUCCAGUGACACCUGUGCCUGUUGUAGAAAGUCUUCAGUUGAAUGGUGGCGGGGAUGUAGCAAUGUUGGAACUUACAGGACAGAACUUCACUCCAAAUUUACGUGUCUGGUUUGGGGAUGUGGAAGCUGAAACCAUGUACAGAUGCGCAGAGAGCAUGUUAUGUGUUGUACCAGACAUUUCUGCAUUUCGAGAGGGUUGGAGGUGGGUCCGUCAGCCAGUCCAGGUUCCAGUAACUUUGGUCCGUAAUGAUGGCAUCAUUUACUCCACCAGCCUUACCUUUACAUACACACCGGAACCAGGGCCACGACCACACUGCAGUGCUGCUGGAGCAAUCCUCAGAGCCAACUCAAGCCUUAUGGCUUCCAGUGAAACAAAUACAAACAGCGAGGGAAGUUACACAAACGUCAGCACAAAUCCAACCAAUGUCACAUCAUCCACAGCAACUGUAGUUUCCUAACUACUGUUGUUUGCCUGGACUUUUAACUGACUUUCAAGUGCUACAUUCAAGAGAACUGAACAAUUUUUGUGGUUUCAUGGGAAAACACCUUUUACUUUUAGGUGAUACUAUUUGAACCUUGUUACCUGCAAGUGCUGAUCCUUAAAUAUAGAAGCCACAAUAAAAACAAACAAAAACCCACACACAAAAAAAAAACCAACAAAAAAAAUACAAAAACAUCCGAAACAUAAGAACUUUAUUGAAAAUCUAUUUUUCAGCUGUGUUUUUUUUAAUGGGCAAGAAACAAAAAAUGUGGCUGGGAUACAUGUUGAGCAAACUAGGAAACAUGAAUACAACAUAGUUUUUAUGGACCAAGGAACUUGUAUAAGCUUUAGUAUAAAAGGUACAUUUUCACCAUACCUUUUUUGUAUCACAACAUAUAGUACACUUUUGUUACCAAAUAGUUUAUAUUUUUUUUUCCUCUGAGCUUUUGCUCUGAAGUAUAUUCAGGUUCCAAGCCUGACCAUGCUUGUAUAAUCUAAUUACCAUACUCUUCCAGUUUUAAAAAAAUAUAUAUAUUUUUGGUCUGUGGCUGGAACUGUUCCUUUUUUUAAACUGAAGUCUUGUGACUUUUUAUGAACUGAAAUUGUUUUUAUUUCAGCAAGUAGAACCUUGUAAAGGCCAGCAUAUUUUUUUUAAGAUUAUAUGAAGUCUGUGCAAAAGCUUUAAAAAAAAUGCCUCUGCCUUGCCUGCAAUACAUGCAAUGUAUGUUAACUUUAGUGCUCUGUUUUCAGUCAUUGUUAAUAGUUAUUUCUGUUUUUCUUUUUUAAAUAUGUAUUUAUAGUGAUAAUUCAUGAGGUUCUAACAUUACCUGAGGUUUUUUUAAAGUGGCAUCUCAAGCAGUCAUAUUAAUGAUUGUUCAUGUCACAAGCAUACGUUGGUGUUUCUGAAGGGUUGUUACUGGGUUACUCCCCUCUUCCUUGUUCAGUCAUAUUACAUCUGAAAAUGUUUCAGGAUCUGUUCAGGUUUUUCUAAUCUUGUACAUAAUUUGUAUUAAGUGUAAGUUAAAUGUUUUAUUUCAAAAAUGGAAUGUUCCCAAUAACUUCAUUUGGCAGCAUGUCUUCUGUCUUGUUGGCAUGUAACUAAAGUACCAUGAGAAGUGUGUGCUACAAAUGGGAUUGGUAGGUGAUGCCCUUCAUCACUUAAGAAUCACAACAAGCAUGUUUUUCUUCAUACUGUUCAGUAAAUUAGGCCAGACUUUGGUGUAACACUUGUAUUGAGAACGUGCUUUCAUUGUGAAGUGAUCAUACCAUAAUAACUAGAAGUAAAUUUUAUUACUUAGAAAUGGGCAAAUAGAAAAUUGUAAAAGCACUAUGAAGAUGUCAGCUCUUCCCAUCCUUAUUUCCUGUGGGUUUCUCUCUCCCUGCCAACAGCUUGUGCAACAUUCAAGUCUUCUCUCCAUCAUAAAUUCAAGGCUCAUUUGCACUUUGACUUCGUUGGUUGUUGCAUUUGUUUUUCAUUUUGACUCUGCCAUGUUUUGUCUCUCCUUGUAGACCUGCCUGCUUCAUUUGUAUUGGAAAGUAUACCCCAGUAGUUCCUUUGUAGUCACAGAACUAGGCAUAGACUCAUAGGACAAGUUCUGAUAGUGGGAUCUUCCUCUUUAAAAGCCAAAAUACAAAUUUUAUGGUGUGUUCAGCCUCUUCUAUACCCCGAAGUAAGAGUCAGAACUGCUGUGUAAAUGUGAACCUGUGGCUUCCUACAGUGCAUUGCUUACAAGCUUAUCUGUUGACAGUUUUCAUAGGGUUUUUAUUUCUGACCACUUAUUCCAGUUCAGAGACCCACCACCAUUUUGAAGCAUUGUCUCUGCACCAUAUUUGUGUACUUUGAUGCUCCAUUCUACUUGUUUGCUUUAGUGCUCCGUGGCAUAUGUGGAAACAAUGUAGUUAAAGGAAGAAAUUGGUUAUAAAGCAUAUUUAGCCAAUAGUAGAAUCGGUGCCACUGUCCUUCUAAAAUGUGCUUGUAUUCUACCACAGGCCUUCAUACUUACUCCCAUGACAUAGUCACAAUGCUGGUUCUUAACACUAGUGAAUACUGCCUCACCUCAUAUCCGUUCCAGUGACCAAGGGCAGAAUUCAUUGUGGCCUUAUCUCUGUGUUAAACUGUUUACUGGCAUUUACUUGCAAAUCUGUUUACCUUUGUAUGUGCUAUAAAAUUUUGUUUUAAUUGUGUGUGGCAGGAAUCAUUUCACAGUGUUUUUAUUAGAAACACAUAAGUAUCUUACAGUACGGCUUAAUUCAAAAGCCACGGAUUUUCAUCACUAAUUAGACUGAGAAUUAAAAUAAGCGAUAUAUUUAUCAGAUUUAGAGGGUAUUCAAGAACAAACUAUGAUAUACACAGAGUAGGCAAACCAUAACAAGCCUUUUAACCUUCAAAGACUAUUUAAAAUAGCUUUUCAGAACUUGACACACGCUUUUAUACUCAUUGUUUUAAAAUUUUUACAUAUAAAUGCAAUACUUUUUAUAUUCAGUUUCUUUACUUGCAGUGACUUUGCCCAAUAGGUAAAUAUUCCUUGACUUGUAAAGAACAUAACGACUUAGCCUGAUUUCUGCUGUUCUACACACUACAGCCAAGCGGGUGAGAAGAAGAGACUAUUAAGUUCUGCUUACAAGAUCAUUUUAAUAACACCAUUUUUCCCUUGGGCUUGUGGCUCCAUUGUUGCCAGUAGUUAUUCUAUAGUACAGAAAUGGUCUUCCAGGUUCUUACUGUGUUUAAGAUGUCCAGUUGUUCAGAUACAUUAUCUUCCUGAACUUUUUCCUGUGGGGUGAUACUGUUACAUUUAUUGGCCUUGUGAGCUGUUAAUCAAUUUCCAUUAUAUUAACAAUAUCUCAAGAUUUUGAUAAAACUACUUCUAGUACGUUUCAGUAUGAAGCUGUUAGCUGUUCAAGUCUAGCUGUUAAGUCUGCUGUUAAUUCUAUAUACAUAGAGAUUGUGUUCAGAAUGUUGUUAUAUUUCCAACUGUAGGAAGAAAAAGCAGAUUAAGUGCUCUAAUUUAUCUAUGCCUUCUUUUGUUUUCAUUUGUUUGGAACUGCAUUUCAGAGUUCAACACUAGCAUAAACUUUAAUAAUCUGCUGCUGAUGUUUUUCCAAAUUAUUUGCCCUGAGGGUAUCCCACAACUGUGUCAAUAAUGGUAUUCUGUACUACUUCUAUUGCACAGACUUGUAAGAUCAGAAUGGUUACCUGAAAAGACAUGAACUCAAGACAUAAAUCAGCAAAUUCCCCAUAUACAGAACAUCAAUGCCAAGUGGAACAAAUUGUCUAUUGGAAGCUACCCACUUGUAGAUUAAAUGACUCCAUAGAGGUGUCCAACUUGAAACUAAGAUGCUCUUCAAUUAUUAACCAUAUUAUUUACUUUCUUUCAAAAGCAGCUGUUUAUGAGUACUGAACAAAUGUUUAUACUUUCCUGUGCCAGACUUUUGACUUUGUUUUCAAGCACUGUACUGUGGGAUUGAGUGGCAGCUUUGUUAGAAAAAGAAGUAUAUUAGGGUUUCUACUUAACCCUUUUAGGACUGAACAAUUUCUUCCCUUUAGAAGCUGUAAAAUAAAUGAGCAGUUCUAACUUUGUAAACAUUCUUUCUGUGUUCAGCACUGCAUUUGCCCCAUCUGGAGGUGCUAUGCUAAUGUAGUUUUUUUUUAAAUCCUGUAGCAUGUGUAUACAUUCAGUCUUAAAAGGGUUAUUUUUACAAACUGUGCACCUGUAAAGUUUCUUAGCAAUAAGGUAGAAAAAUGAGCAAGUUUUUACCAUAAUUUUGUAGAAUUAAUUGCUCAGUUCCAUAUUUCAUCAAGAAAAACCCUGCAAUAUGGGCAGUUUUGAGGUUUAAAUAAAAGUGAAAUGUAAACCACAUAAAAGUGUUUUUUGUCAAGUGUACUCUGUGUGUGUAUGUGCAUUAUGCUGUCGGCUUGCAAUUUUUUCUACAAGGCUAAAGAUAAAAUGCCAUGUUACUGUUGAUGUGACAAACGUAAUUGAACAUCUGUAUGAUGAUAUAAAAGUAGUUAUGAUUUGA